UGUGCGCAUUUCUGUAGUCCUCGAGCAACCGUUGCGACGUGCGUAUGCGCGACACGCAUCAUCGUCUUUCCUCUGCGACUCGGUAUUCCGUAUCGCGACGUCGCUGUCUCUAUAAGACUCUCAGCUACGAAUAUGUGAAAUGUUUUUGAUGCCGCCGUUUAACGCGUGCUCUUUUCUUGCAUGACGUAUCUCACGGGAAAACAAAGAUGACGUCUCGAAACAAACCAAUUAAAAUUAAAAUUACGACCGUUGGCGAUGGUAUGGUUGGAAAAACAUGUAUGCUCAUCACGUAUACAAAGAAGGAAUUCCCAACGGAAUAUGUACCUACCGUUUUCGAUAACUACGUUGACAGUAUAUGCAUAGGUGGACAACAAUUCGAAAUGACAUUAUGGGACUCGGCUGGUCAAGAAGAUUAUGAGAGGCUUAGACCAUUGUCAUAUCCAAACACUGAUUGUUUCCUAGUCUGUUUUUCUGUAAGUGCUCGUAGUUCUUUCGAAAAUGUAGCAAGUAAAUGGCAUCCGGAACUCAAAGCGCAUUGUCCCAAUGUGCCAAUUGUACUUGUGGGUACCAAGGCAGAUCUUAGAAAUCAUCAAGAAGCUAUGGAUAUUAUUAGUCCCCGAGAUUGCAACAAAAUGAGAAGAAAGAUAAAGGCAAUCAAGUACGUCGAAUGUUCCGCAAUAAAACAGGAGGGUCUUGAAGAGGUUUUUGUGGAAGCUAUUAAAGCCGUACUGAAAAAACCGCGAUCGAGGAAGCUCUGUUGCGUUCUUUGAAACUAAUGCAUUUUAACACAAUUAAAAUGCAUCAGUUUAAAAAAUAUCUGACGAUUAUAAUUAU